AUGGAUAGAAGCUGGCAAGACGGGGUUGCUUUCAAUGCCCUAAUACAUCGCGUCAUGCCCGACUUGAUUGAUAUGAACAAAACACGCCGGAGUUCUCCACGAGACAACUUGGAACAGGCAUUUCGAUUGGCGAAAAUGCACUUGCAUAUACGACCACUGCUGGAUGAGGAAGAUAUGCUACGUGAUAAACCGGACAAACGGUCCGUGAUCACAUACGUCUCCCAGUUCAUCCGUACGCCAACGGUGUUGCGACCGAUCGAGAUUGGUGCGUUAAUCGACGAUCAUGCCUUGAUUGCUUGGAUGGAAGCUACUCUGAACACACUAAGAUCUUCACUCAGUGCGCCACUGUACGAUCAGUAUCAGGUAUACACGUUCCUGACCGGCCUUAGAAUUGGGUUUUUUUAA